AUGUUUAACAUAAAUUCGGUUCAUUUUACGAUAGAAUGGUGUUCACGACUGAUUAAUCUCUGUGAACAUGAGUCGUCGAAAAGCUCGUUAAUCACCAUCCAAGAGUAUUUAAGGAAAGUGGAAGAUGUACCCAUAUUCGAUGAAACUAGAACAAAAUUGAUUACUGGUGUGCAUGAAAAACUAUGCGAUGUACAUGAAUCGCCACUAAUUACCGAUCAAAUUAUAAAGAACACUUUAACUUCUGUAUCGCAUAGACUUCAAGCAACCGCUGAAGCUACCAAACAAUCAUUAGAACCAAAACUUCUCUUUUUGACCGUUUUGUCCAAGUUCUACUCGUGCUUUAACAGUCUAUUCUUGAUUAUUUCUUGUCCAAUUACUUAUUCGAAAAUGAUAGAAAAAAUACCCAAAGAAAAGGGCGCUUUACUUCAAGAACUUCUGACUACGGCCCGUGAUGAUAUAAUCACAAAGCUUAUGAAAGCCAAUAAGUCUUACAAUAACUAUUUCAGUGAAGAUGUACUUGCUUACUUACGAGCGGAAAAAUACAAUGAAAACGAAUAUGUGCAAGAGACGUUUACGAUCAUUCAGGAGAUCGAAAAAGAUCUCAAAUUACCAAGAAGCUGGUUGCUUGAAUUUAUUACAGACAAUGUUAAAAUCGAUAUAUAUUAUAAUUUUACCUUGGCGAAUUCGUUGCAAGAGUACAUUCAGAUGUGUGAUAAAGAACAAAGAGAUAUAUCAAUAGAUGAUUUUGUUAAAUCUAACAAAUUUACUUUUAAAGUCGAAGAAUAUUACACUACUCUAUUCAAAUCCUAUGCGCAAAAACUUCGCCAAGGAACUAUUGGGUAUGCAAAAACAAAAACAGAGGAUGAAGAGUCACGAAUUCUAGAAACGAAGGUGUGCGAGGCAGGAGACGGUCUAUCCACGCCCAUACGCCACCUUCGAGAACUUCACUCAGUACUGCGUACUGUUGAUUUGAUAAAACCUUGUAUGGAAUCACUUUUCGAGCCCAUCGUAGAUGCAUUUCGUGUAUUUCAUAAUGGUAAUAAAAUUAUGCCCAUCACGUGGAGUGAAACCAUAACAGCAACAGGUGUCUCCACGGUGAAAUUAUCAACUGAAGAACCAACCUUUGAGCAAGCGGUGUCGAAGCCUGUAGAUUCACCAUCAAGUGGCAAUGUUUAUAUAAUCAUCGACUUGGACAGUCUUGAACGUAAAGGGACGUUGCGCGAAGCUGCAGUUUUGUAUUAUUACAUGACUAAGGACAAACUUGACAAAAAAUUAUUUGCUGAAGAGUCAAUGUUUGACUCACAGGAGGAGAUUCACCGUCGUUUCAACAAAAAAUCUGAAAAGUUCGAUGAAUUGAAGAAUGGUAGACCAAUCCCGUACCAUAUUAAUAAUCCAUCGAUGUUAUUACGUAUAUGUGCUCACGUCGAAUCAACUGAGUCGUAUUUACCACCGAAAGAUCAAUGCUUUGUCGUUUCGUCAGACGCAAGAACUUUAAACACUUCCCUAACUGAAGUAUCAACUCUGUCUUAUCCCAACAAACGCGAUCCUCGAGACAAAUCCAAAUCUGGUUCAUUUUUUGCUUCACGCAACGUUUCGGAUCCAUAUCUGCUAAGCACACUGCCCUGCAACGAUGAUUCACAAACUUUGUGCAUACUGGCGACGCAGAUCACCAGAGUUGUCUGUCAGAAAAAUACAAAAAGAGCACGUCUCUGUAUUAUUUCCGAUAGAGUUACCGCACUUAGACCUGCAAUAGAUUUGGCGAUCGAAAACAACAUUUCAGUCGAUGUCUGGACUUGGAAGUCAACUAUUGAAAACGAAGAGCAGUACGAACGUCUUCUUAAAUUCUACGAUCUCAAAAAGUGUUGGGAUCAAUUCGGUGAGCAUCAACCGAUUGCUGAGCCAUAUUGGUGUAUUCUAUUUAAGAAAUCCAAAUCAAAUUCUACCGGUUCAAUAUACAGAGCUUUACUACAAUUAGAAAGUUCCCAUGUGUCUCCAAAAUUGGGUAGCUCCGGUCUCUACUCGUCUGGACUCCAGUCCGACUUCGAGACUGAGCUGUUUAUGAUGUCGGCUUCGACUUGGUUCCCAAGUUCAUUGGCUGUCCUUAUGCACCAAAUUCCAUUGACUCCGGCCCCAACUCUGGUUUCAAAUACUAAUGCCUACCGACACAAGGUACCAAAAGUGGAAAAUAAUUUUUCUCACGUCCUCGUGCAUGGCACAGACGACGAAUAUUUUCUGGCAUUUCGUAAUGAGAAUUACCGAAAAUGUUUUCAAAUUCAGCUAAAACAGAAAAGGGAAACGUGGGCAAAUAUAUUGGAUAUCGAUUCAGCCAAACUGUAUGACUACAAACCAGCGUGCUCUAUUUAA